AUGGUUACUCAAGCGAGGUUCUGGAGGCUUAGAAGUGCUUACGCAUCAGAAACGAUACAGGGGAAAUAUGAGAGGGAGAGCUACGUGGAUGCCCAAAUAAGGGAAUUCUUGAAUCUGACUCAGGAAGAUCGACCAGCGGCCGAGCUCAGAGAUAAUUUGAGAGUCCUGUUAGCUCCGCAGAGGGAGCGUGAUUUUUCUGCACUGGUGGAAAAGGCGAAGAUUGCCGAGGAGGCUAAGCGCGCUGAGCACCAGAAUCGUAACCGCGAGAGGGGUAAAAACAAGAGGAAUUCAGAGCCCUCGAGUUCUGCACAGAGGGCUAAGAAAAAGGCAAAAGCUGAUGGACGCUAUCAGAGCGAGUGUUGGAGAAUGACUGAGGCGUGCUUGAGGUGUGGGUCAUUGGAGCACCAUAUUAGGGAGUGUCCGCUGAGGGCCGAUCAGAUGCAAACUUCGGAUACUGACAUAAGGUCUACUCACUUAUACAUAGCUAACAACAUAUCUGGAAACUUGGGGAUUUCAGUUGAGAGCACUACGAGUAAGGUUAUGGUACUGAGUCUGUUAGGGCAAUUUGUUAGAGUUAGCACACUGUAUAAGGAUGUUCUUUUAGAGGUACAAGGGGUAAUCUUCUUGGCUGAUUUGAUGGAGCUUUCAUUUGGGGAGUUCGACCUAACUCUAGGGAUGAACUGGUUAGUCAAGCAUCGUCUUAGCUUGGACUAUGCGACUAAGAGGGUCGUACUAAGGACUGAGGAGAAUAAAGAGAUGGUUCGUAAGGGAUGUGAGGCAUUCUUGGCCUACGUAAAUGUUUCAGAUUCUGGAAAUUCUACAGUUAAGGAUAUCAAAAUAGUAAAGGAUUUUUCAGACAUCUUUCUAGAGAAGCUACCGGGGCUGCCUCCGAAUUACAAGUUGGAAUUUAGGAUUGAGCUACUUCUAGGUACAGCUCCGGUGUCCAUCGCUCCCUAUCGAAUAGCACUGAAGAAGCUUGUGGAGCUUAAGGCUCAGAUUCAGGAGCUGUGCUAUUGA